CAAGGCGGAUGGUUGAAUUAAUGCGUUUCGGUGUUGCAAAUGUCAACAUCAGGGUCUUUGUCAGGUUUUCAGCGUCUUCCUAAACUCAUUGUAUUUGAUCUUGAUUUCACGCUGUGGCCGUUAUGGUGUGAACAUCAUGUAUCACCUCCAUUUGUGCGAAAAAAAAAUGUAAUAUAUGACUCAUAUAAGAAGAUACUUGAUGUCUAUGCAGAUUCAGAGAAAAUACUUCGUGUUAUCAAAGCGUCAACCACAGUGAAACUGGCUUGUGCUUCACGAUUUCAUGAAUUAUCUGGUAUAGAGUAUGCAGAUAUGGUGUUUUUUGAUGAUGAGAAACGUAAUAUCAAGGAUAUCUGUGGAUUAGGUGUACAAUGUCAUCUAGUUGAACGUGGGAUAACAUGGAAUCUCUUCGAACAGGCUUUAAAACAGUUUGAACGUAAACACAAACACCCACACACGCACGCACGCACGCACGCAUCCACUAAAUGACAGUUGAACUCUCGUUAAUUUCCUAUAAUAAUAAGAUGAAUGAUUAGUGAGUGCCUUUGUCUAUUUACAUCUAUUCAAGUUCAAUUUGUUGUGUUGUGUUGUGUCAAUCGAUGAG